AUGGAACAAAAUCCAUGUCGAAAUAAUUCUUGUAAUCAAAAUGAAGAAUGUCAACCACUCAUCAAUGAUGAUGCGAAGUCCAGAUAUAUUUGUCUUUGUAAAGGUAAUUUUACCGGGAAAAAAUGUUUGAUUGCAGAUAAACAGUGUACUAACGGUUAUUAUUCAUCUGGUUCUAUAUGUAAACCAAAUUAUCGAGGUUUAAUAACUGGAAAUAAUUUACCUUUUUGUAUUUUUCAGUUCGAUUCUUUUGGUGAUCGAUGUCACAUUAAAUAUAAUCAAUGUUCAUUAACACCUUGUCAAAAUAAUGGUUCAUGUUAUUCAACUAUUGAACCAGAUACUAUUACAUGUUCAUGUACUCCAGAAUAUCAUGGAAGAAACUGUGAACUCAGAAGACCACAUAUGAAUUUGUAUAUCAAUGAAAGUGUUAAUCAUGUAGCAGCUGUUGUUCAAUAUUUUGAUAUUGAUCUUAUUUCACUUAAUCUCAUUCUUGUUUAUCAAAAAGUAUAUCGACAUGAUCAAAAAAUAUCACCACAAAUAACAUUAGUUAAACUUUAUUCUUCUCCUGCUGAUGAUCCUGUUCAAAUCUAUUUGAUUUCUCUUCAUAUCAAUGCUAUAUCAAUUGAUGCAAUUACUCAAGUGAGUGAGAAAAUUCAAUGUGUUGAACUCCGUACAUACGAUACGCAAUUUCUUUCAAACUAUUCUCCAAUUAAAUAUCAUUAUUUAUGUCGGAAUGAUUCAAAUUUAUUUUGUUUUCGCGACAAUUUUUAUCUAUGUGUUUGUGGUGCAAAUCAUACUCGAAUCGAAUGUUUUCGUUAUGAUUAUACAUUGGAUCAAUGUUCACGAUGUCAACCUGGUAGUCGUUGUUGA